GAUAAACUUAAAUCUGAAAUACCUAAAUCUAAAAUUACAUCAAAGCGGUUUUAAACAUUACCAUGGUUUUUGAUAGCUCGCUUUUGUUAAUAAAUAAAUAAAGCGGCGCCAUUUGCACAAAACACGCACAAAACAUGAAUUUUGCGGAAGAUUUGAGUUUGUGUGAUGCAAUUUUAAAGAAAGCGGAAGAAGCGGAAUCCAGUUUGUGUCCAAAGAAAUCAGAAGACUUUUACAAAAAGGAAUUUGAAAAAUUUUGUCACUGGAUGCGGAACAAUAAUGCCGAAAUUGUGACAGAGAAGGUUUUGCUGGCGUAUUUUCUGGAUCAGUCAAAAAAUUACAAGUCCUCGUCAUUGUGGUGCAUGUACUCCAAGCUGAAAUGUAUGUUACGAAUAAAAAAUGACAUUGACAUUAGCCAGUUUUCUAAACUUUCUGCUUUUUUAAAAAAGUGUUCAGUUGGGUAUUCAGCAGAAAAAUCUUUGGUGUUCUCAAAGAAUCAGUUAAUAAAUUUUUUGACCUCGGCUUGUGACGAACAAUAUCUCCUUAUGAAGGUUGUUGCAAUAUUUGGAUUAUUUGGUGCUUGCAGAAGGAUAGAGUUUUACAAUUUACGUGUAAGCGAUGUCCAAGAAGAGGGUGCAGUUUUUGUGGUGAAUCUCAAAGAUACGAAAACACAUCGACCCAGAACAUUCACAAUUUUAAAUGAUGAUAGCAUGAAUUACACUGAGCUCAUUAAAAAGUACAUAAAUUUAAGACCAAAGCAUGUUAAAAUAGAGAAGUUCUUUCUAUUCUAUGGUGCGGGAAAGUGUACGUGUAAUCCCAUUGGCAUCAAUACCUUUGGUCAAAUUCCUCGUAAAAUUGCCAAAUAUCUGAACCUUCCUAAUGCAGAUCAGUUCACUGGUCAUUCAUUUCGCAGAACGUCUGCUACAAUCCUUGCAGAUAGUGGCGCAGACAUUCGAACAUUGAAAAGACAUGGUGACUGGAAAAGCGAUGCUGUUGCGGAAGGGUAG